AUGGGAGAUUGGAGUUUCUUGGGUAAUAUUUUAGAGGAAGUAAAUGAACACUCCACUGUGAUUGGCCGUGUUUGGCUCACAGUGCUGUUCAUUUUCCGCAUUUUGAUUCUGGGCACAGCUGCAGAGUUUGUCUGGGGAGAUGAGCAGUCCGAUUACGUGUGUAACACAAAGCAGCCAGGCUGUGAGAACGUGUGCUAUGAUGAGGCCUUUCCAAUAUCCCACAUUCGUCUCUGGGUUUUACAGAUCAUUUUUGUAUCCACACCUUCACUUGUGUAUGUUGGCCAUGCUGUCCAUUACAUCCACAUGGAGGAGAAACGUAAGGAGCGUGAAGAAGCUGAGAUUAGCCACCAACAGGAAAUAGCAGAGGAGCGUCUCCCUUUAGCAACUGAUCAGGGAAGUGUUCGCACUGCCAAGGAGACAAGCACGAAAGGUAGCAAAAAGUUCAGACUUGAGGGCACCCUACUUUGCACCUACAUUUGCCACAUCAUCUUCAAAUCUCUGUUUGAAGUAGGCUUCGUGGUUGGACAAUACUUUUUGUAUGGGUUCCGCAUCCUGCCACUGUACAGGUGCAGUCGUUGGCCUUGCCCUAACACUGUGGACUGCUAUGUCUCCCGGCCAACCGAAAAGACCAUCUUCAUCAUCUUCAUGCUUGCUGUUGCUUGUGUCUCACUAUUCCUCAACUUCGUGGAGAUCAGCCACCUUGGCUUGAAAAAGAUUCGCUUUGUAUUCCAUAGGCCUGCUCCAGCACAGUUGGAGCCUCUUGGUUCACCGGAGAGGAGCCUUCCAUUUCUCCUAACUACCCCUGUCCAAAAAGCCAGAGGCUAUAGGCGCCUUGAAGAGGAUAAGAAAGACAAGGUUGCACACAUUUAUCCACUAACAGAGGUUGGUAUGGAAGAGGGCCAGUUUUUCCAACCUCAGGUGGAGAAGGAACAGAAAAGCAGUCAGGAGGGAGUUAUUCCAACAGCACCCCCUGUAGAGGAGACAGUCAUAUGCGAUGAGACUCAGCCCUCAUUCAUUCAGGUCAUAGAGACAGUCCCAAAGCUACCACAAGAGGAAAAGUUGCCACUUCAGGAGGGAGAUGAGGUAGACAGCCUAAAGACUAUGACAGCAUUGCAAGCAGUAUUGGAGGAACAACCAGAGGCUGACAGUCUGGAGGAAACAUAUUUAAUUUCAUUUGAGGAGUGUUUGGAAAUAGAACUAGGGGAAUUAGCCUGUAGAGAGUUUACUGAGGAAAAGUUAGUGACAGAGAGUAGCUUAGUUGAGGGUGAGUUAACACAGAAGGAAAACUUUUCAGAUGUUAGAAAAGAGCCAUUUACAUUACAAGAAAUUGGUGGAACAGAGGAGAACAACUUAAAGGUCAAGGUGUCAAGGGAAGAGGGGGGUUUACCUGACGUGAUGGAGGAAGGGACAGAUGUUGAGGAGUCUGAUGGAGAGAGAGAACUAUGUCAGAUAGAGCCUUUUAUUAAUGAGUAUGUUCUACAGGAGUUUAAAUCUUUAGAGAAUGGGAAUGUUACUGGGGAUCUGGACAUCUCCAGUAUAUCCAUGGGAGCACGAGAGCCAAAGGCUUUAGGGGAGGUUGCAGGGUCAAAGGAAUUAGAAAAUGUAUAUGACAUUGUCAAAGCUUAUAGGGAUGUAGAAGACAAAGAAGGGGAUAGUGUUAAAGAGAAUGUAGUAGGCACAGGAGUUAGCGGAGCAGUAAAGAACUUAGUGGAGACACAAAUGGGUGGGGUUUUAGAGGAUGUAGAAGACAUAGGAGUGGGCGGAGCUGAAGAAGAUUUAAAUGCAAGAAGGGGUGGAGCUCUGGAGGAUGAGGAUAGUGCUCUUGAAAAGGUAGUUGAUUCAGGUAAGGAGAAAGCUCUAGAUAAAGCUCUAGAAGUUGCAGUGGACUUAACACAGGUGGAAACCUUUGGGAAGGAGGGGGUAUCAUUGGAGAUGGAGGAUCCAGAGGAGGACAAAGGUUCUAGGGGGUGGGAUGGGUCAAGGAAAGAAGAGGAUUUUGUGGAAACUUUAGGAUCCAGGAAGGAGGAGAUUUUCCAAGAAUCACAAAGCUUGGAGGUCAUAGAAGAAAUGAUGGAUGCUUCAUUUAUAGCUUUGGAACUAGAGACAACCGAGAGGCUUGAGGAAACAAGACCAUUAAGUCGUCUCAGCAAAGGGAGCAGUAGAGCCAGGUCAGAUGAUCUAACAAUAUGACUGACCACAAAAAAACUUAGCCAAAGAAUAUACAGACACAUUUUCUAUUCCAAAUUGCCACAGCAGAACCAGCUGACAAGCAUAGUUUGACAAGAUGUUACAUUUUAAUAAGUUUGAUAAAUAUUUAUAAGAAACAUAUUUUUAAAUGUUCAUCUUAAUCCAGACUUAAUAUGUAAAAAAUAAAAAUUGUGAUUCACUGCUGUUUUACUCCAUUUAAUACAAAUCCCAUGCAAGAUAGUCAGUCUCACAUUGUAAAUGUGUGCCUUAUCUAUCUAUUGUUUUGAUCUAUAUACAUUGUUAUUAUAUGUUUUUUCCUGGUCCAUAGAAUUAUAUGCAUUAUUACAGAACUGCUUACCAAUGAAUUUCAAGUCCAUUAUGGGUUUUUAUAUGAUUUUACAACAUUUUUUAAAUGGGAUAAUUGAAUAAAGUAUCAGACAAAUGUUACUCUCCCAUAAUUUAGUUUGGGUCUGGUGGUGUUGUUGUUUUUCACUUUCAAAAACUUUCAACUUUUCAAAUGUAGAUUGUAUCAUUAAAUACUGAAAUUAAGGAUUUUUAUUAUUUGGGUAAUACUCACCAGGUACAAUUAUGUUUUUUCUGGUUUAUAUGUAAAGAAAUG